UUUUUUUCAGUCCGAUAAUUAACCGGAGCUUACGACCAAAUACGUUUUGAGAGCGUUAACUUGAGCUGUGCCAACUUGAGCCGUGCUAAGUGAGCUGUAGCGUUAGCAUGCUAAGAUGCUACUAGCACAGAUUUGCUUCAGAUUUCAGAUACCCUUUAACUGUUUCGUGUGUGGCUACUUUGGGCUAAGGCUGCUACACGUUGGCAAUGAGUAGCUGUUUCUUUUCCACUGGUGGCGAGUUAACGCAGCUGAUAGCAGACAGAGGAGCCUGACCCAUGUCCAGGAUUUGGGUGUGAACUACUUGGGACACAAUGUCUCUCCUGCUGAUGUCCUUCCUUCUUGUAUUUCUGCUUGUGCUUAUUUUGCUAUGUGUCGUUUUCAGGUGGCUCGUGUGCACCCUGGCUGUGCGGCUCUUCCAGAGCGCACUGAACGCAGAUCUAAAGAUCAAAUCAGUCGGGCUGUUUUCUGUCCAAGGUGUUAGUAUCCAGUUUCACCCCCAGCAUACCCUGGAAAUUGACAGAAUAUGGAUAUCAAGUAAACUACUGAACCAAGAUUUACCGAGAUACCUGGCAUUAUGUGUCGGAGAAACCAGAAUUAGGUUCGACUUGCAAGCACCGCUGAGACCUCUGGUGAAGACGAGCGAUGGAAAAAAGUCGGGGAAGAUAUCAGUCAGCCCCACGGCGCUGCGCAUUCUGUCUCAACUGCUGUCAUUCCACAUCAGCUCGAUUAAUGUGAUGGUGCUAAACCUGGCCCUGUCAGAGUCUCUAUGGCACAUGACUAUAACAGGUAUCACCUUGUUACUCGACCACCAGAGUAAAAGAUUGGCAUGGGACUUCUCAGUUGGACAGCUAAGCAGUAAAAUGCUUAAAAGCAGCCAGCUGGACAUAUGUUUGGCUGAAGUGGCCCUGAGCCUGCUGCUGUCUGGAGACGUGAGCCUACCGGAGAUGAAGCCAGGUGCCCUGUCCCUGAGUGUGAGGACACUUAUGGCAGAGCUGCAUGAGGGUCUGUUCCUCAGCCAAAUCACGCUGCCCCCCGUUUCCCUCAAAGAGCAGGAACAGGAUCCAUCCGAAAGUGAAAAGCACGAAUUCAUCCAGACUGAAGCGUUGGAACAAUUUCAUCAGCUGCUUCCCCGCAAGGUCAAUGUGGAAUUUGAUAAUACAAAUGUAACCCUGUCGAUGCACAGUCAGAAAAGACACCUGAACUGGACUCUGAAGUCUUUAAAGGUCUAUUAUGGACGUGACAAUGAGCAGCUUCCCCUGAAAAGCUUCACUCCAGAGCUGAGCUUUCCUCAAAGCAGCGUGGAGCUAAUUCUGGAGGAUGGACUGCUUCUUUCUCAAAGUAGGCAAAGAAUCCUGUGUGUGAACACUCUCAAGACUUCCCUGCAGGUUACAUCGAUUGACAUCUCGGGGUCAUUCGUAGUGAACACUUGCAUCGUUCACUACCGUCACCAGGAGUUUUCUCAUUGGCUAAAUCUGUUUCCAUGGGAACAGCUACUUCACAGGAAGGAAGGACAUAGAAAAAGUCCAUUAGAUUAUUUGCCCACCCUCCUUUUCCUCAGACGCCUGCCUCACCUGGACGCUCCUGUCAUGAUCACAUCCUCUGUUUCCAACGUCAAUGUGUCUGUUCAGCUGGGCGACACCACGCCUUUCGCUCUAGGCUUCCUGUCUGCUAAUGCAGAACUGCAGCAUCUUCUUGACAUUAAAUUUGAGAAAGACAGCCCAGAGUCCCAGAAUGUGCAUCAGCGUGCCUCCCUGUCCCUCGACCACUUUUGGUGGAGAGUGGGUCAGGGGUCUCAUAUCCAACAGGCUCCCCAUCCUCCUGGUAAACAUGUAUGGGGAGAGGCGCUCAUCUUAGACUCCCUCAGUCUUCAGGGGAGUUUCAACCGACCUCACAUGGAGUCAAGUAGCCAGGCUCCGAGUCUGAACGUGGAGUCCAAUCUGAAAGGCCUUCAAGUGGAGCUGUCGGAGACCUGCGCGCUGUGCCUGUCUCGCUUGCUGUCCCUCAUGUGUGUCACUCGUGACGCGGGGCCACAGCUGUCGGAUGCAGAUGCAGCGUCUCCCUCUGGUGACAAACCUGCCCACCCCCUCACAUCCUCACAGCUGCACAUGCUUUUUAAGCUGGACUGUUGUCUGGAGGACGUGAACGUGUUCACGCUUUCUAAUGUGGCAGGAGCGGUGUCUUUGCGGAUGGACACCGUCGGAGUCCUGAGUUCUGCUGAGAGCUCCAGGUUGUCUCUGCAGGGGGUGAGCUUGUCUGUGGUGAAGACGCUCACAGAGAGCAUGGAGCCGUGUUGCCCUGCCUCCCAAACACUCAACCCUGUGGUCAAACUUACUGCAAUAAACAUGUGGUACCACGUAACCACUCACACCUUACAGAUUCAAUGUGAAGAGGAUCUCAUAGUCGACUGGACGCCACCAGACCACAUGGUCAUAUAUCAGCACAUAACCGAGGCUCAAGCUUGUUGGUCCAUGCUUCAUACAAACAAAGAAGAGGACCCUCCAGUCAAACCUGUGGACAGUGAAGCUGCGCCAGGUCACGCUAGACGACUGUGUGUGCGCGUUGAUCUUGGCUGUACUCGUCUAACAGCGCACGUUAGUGAGCAGAACUAUAUUCUGCUGCACGCCGAUUCCCUCACCGUCUCAAAGCACGCUGGCUCCAUGCACAUGCGCUCUCCUCUGCUGAUCUUCAACUUUGACGGCAACAACAUCGUCUCCUUCAAUGGCCUGGAUGUGGAGACGCACUCCGAGCUGACUGAGAUGCAGCUGCACAGGGACACUUUCCACUUUCUCAACUCUCCUCACAAUCGUGUCUGGGUCCUCACUUGCCCUUCCAUGGCAGUCGAGUUCCCCUAUCAGUAUAAUUUCUCGAACACAUUUGACAUGGCUAUUAGCGUGCAGAAGUGGUUGAAGACUCUCCAUCGCUCCUCAAACCAAUCCUCCACCACUCAGCCUCUGCCUCACGACCUCGUGUUCAAAAUCAGCCAGUUCUCGUUUGUCUUCCUGGAUGACGUCUUUGAAAUCAAACUCCGGGACAAUUACGAGCUGAUGAAGGACGAGAGCAAAGAAAGCGCGAAGCGUCUGCAGCUUCUGGAUAAGAAGGUGGCAGAUUUGCGUAAACAGCACGGGGAACUUCUGCCGGCAAGAAAGAUAGAAGAGCUCUAUAGUUCCCUGGAGAAAAAGCACAUUGAGAUCUACAUCCAGCGCUCACGCCGCCUCUAUGCAAACACACCCAUGAGGAAGUCUCUGCUCACCUGGACUGUGUCUGACUUGGAACUAGUAGCUCUGGCUGAUGAGUCUCUUCAUGGGCCAGAGAGGGUGAGAGAGCAGCUGAGGGACAUUGACGGGAUCAGCCCCUUCCCCAGAGAUGGACUCCCCCUUGUGGUUCAGUGGUGCCGUGCAGUCAAGUUCAGACUUAAUGCAUUUUUGGUGAGAAUUCGGGACUAUCCUCGCUACUUGUUUGAGAUCCGAGACUGGGAGCUGUCAGGACGUCUGAUAGGGACAGAGCAGGACGGACAGACAAGAGCUCAUCGCAAAGAGAUUGUCCCUCUUGGGCCACCGUGGGGAGAUGUAACAGUCCACAGAAAUAUGCCGCCGCUCAAGUUCUACUAUGAUUUCAAAUCCAACAUCUCUCUGUACACUAUUGUGUGGGGGCCGUGCUGGGACCCUGCCUGGACGUUGAUCGGUCAGUCAGUUGACCUGUUGACCAAACCCACAGUCGAUCCCUCACCUCCUCUGGCCUGGUGGGACAAAAGCCGUCUCCUUCUGCACGGCCGCUGGGUCAUGGACAUUGACCAGGCCAAUCUUCAUCAGCUAGCCACGGAGGACCCUUAUAAUACUACAGAGAACUUGCACUGGGAAUGGAACAAGCUGAACUUUGACUGGAACCCUGGUCAGUUUGUUUUUAAAGGAGAUUUGGAUGUGAAUGUCAGGACAGCGUCAAAGUACGAUGAUAUCUGUUUUCUGCAACUGCCCAACCUGUGCAUGACCCUUGACCUCCAGUGGCUUUGCCAUGGUAACCCCCAUGACCACCACGCUGUAAUGGUCUGCUGUGCAGAGAACAUUGCAGAUGUGACCUCAGGACAGCCUCAUGACUCCUACAGAGCCUUUCGCUCUGAAAACCUCAACCUCUCCAUCACCAUGGACCUUAACCAGCAUUGUGGCACCGAGCAUCCCCAGCCUAGAAUACUUCUGUACAGCAGCACACUGCGCUGGAUGCAGAACUUCUGGGCCACAUGGACGAGUGUUUCUCGACCGAUCUGCAGAGGCAAGCUCUUCCACAGCCUCCGGCCAAUCCGGAAAAAGCUUGGUCAGCACUACAAACAGAUGUCCUACACAGCUGCCUUCCCACAACUACAAGUGCAUUACUGGGCUUCCUUCGCCCAGCAGAGAGGUAUCCAAGUAGAGUGCAAUAAAGGCCACGUCUUCACUCGAGGAGCGCAGAGACUUAUUCCACAGGCUGGGACUGUGAUGAGGCGGCUGAUCUCUGAAUGGAACGUGACUCAGAUGGUUAGCGAGCUCUCUCAGGUGACAGUUCACCUGAUGGCCUCCACCUGGGAUGAGACAGCUGACCACCAGAUGAACGCACAAGUGAAGAAGACUCACCUGCUCAGUCUGUCCUCGCUUAGCUAUCAGCGACAGAGCAACCGCGUGGAGGAGGAGGUGAACUCGAAGGAUGAAACCAAUGCUUCUUACACUCACAAACUGCGACUGGUUGACCUGCGGGCUUCCUGGACCACCACAAACAGGAACAUAGCCUUCGGGCUGUAUGACGGUUACAAAAAGGCAUCUGUGCUGAAGAGGAAUCUGUCCACUGAAGCUUUGAAGGGUCUGAGAAUCGACACACAGCUGCAGACCAAGAAGCUCAAGCGCUCCCCUUCCAACUACUCUCCCACCACGGCUCCCACCACACCGGUCGUGCCCACUGUUAGUCGGGCAGAGAAAAGUCAAAAUGAAGGGACAUCGAUGCUGCAGAAGCUGAUUGAGGAAACGGACAAGUUUGUGGUGUUUUCAGAGGAGGACUCGGGUGUCAGCGACCAGCUGUGCGGCAUCGCAGCCUGUCAGACCGAUGAUGUAUACAACCGCAACUGGUUCAUUGAGUUGGUCAACUGUCAGAUGAUGCUGCGCGGUACAGAGACAGCCGGGUGCGUGCUGGUGUCUGCAGCUAAGGCUCAGCUGCUGCAGUGUGAGCACCACCCUGCCUGGUACAGCGACACCCUGAAGCAGAAGACCACCUGGACCUGUCUGCUGGAUGGCAUGCAGUACUUUGCCACAAUGGAGCCCAACCCGUCCGAACAAGAGGACAGACAGCUGUGGCUGGAGGUGAAAAACAUAGAGGAGCACAGGCAGCGUAACCUGGACUCGGUGCUGGAGCUGAUGGAGAGUGGCCAGGCUGUGGGAGGAAUGGUUAGCACCACUACAGACUGGAACCAGCCUGCGCAGGUGAACGAGACGCAGCAGGUUCAGCGAAUCAUCUCACGCUGUAGCUGCCGGAUGCACUACAUCAGCUACAGCCACGACAUCAACCCAGAGGUGGCCACGCACAUCAAACCACCGGAGCUGAGGAACAACCACGAGAAGGAGGACCUGCUGAAAAAACAGGCCGGUGCCGUUGACACCUUCACUCUCAUUCACCAUGACCUGGAGAUAUCCACUAACCCUGUUCAGUAUGCCAUGAUCCUGGACAUCGUCAACAACCUGCUACUACACGUGGAGCCAAGACGCAAGGAGCACAGUGAGAAAAAGCAGCGCGUGCGUUUCCAGCUGGAGAUUUCUAGCAACCCAGAGGAGCAGCGCAGCAGCAUCUUGCACCUCCAGGAGGCCGUUAGGCAGCACCUUGCUCAGAUUAGACGUCUGGAGAAACAGAUUUACUCCAACAUCAGGGCUCAAACCGAGGAACAGAGCGGCGACGAACUGAUGGACAUCAACACACGUCUGCAGAACCAGCUGAACCAGGAGAAGAACGACAUGCAGAUGAAGAGCGAAGAGCUCAACAUCCUCAUCAGGUGUUUUAAGGAUUUCCAGCUGCAGCGGGCGAACAAGCUGGAGUUGCGUAAGCCGCCAGAGGACGUGAGUGUGGUGAGGAGAACAGAGAUCUACUUUGCCCAGGCUCGCUGGUGUUUGACUGAAGAGGACGGGCAGCUUGGGAUCGCAGAGCUGGAGCUGCAGAGGUUUAUGUACAGCAAGCUCAACAAGUCCGAUGACACAGCAGAACAUCUACUGGAGCUCGGCUGGUUCACAAUGAACAACCUACUGCCGAACGCAGCGUACAAGCGUGUGAGGGUUGUACUUCGUCCUCAGAGCGCCUGCCAGUCAGGGCGCCAGUUUGCUUUGCGUAUCUUCAGCAAAGUGCGCCCCCCUGUGGGAGGAAUCUCCGUGAAGGAGCACUUUGAAGUGAACGUGGUGCCGCUCACCAUCCAGCUCAUGUACCAGUUCUUCAAACGAAUGAUGGGCUUUUUCUUCCCAGGGAGAAAUGUUGAGGAGGAGGAGGUCGCUGAUGAGGAAGACAAGUUUAGAUUGGUUACGACUGGUAUCCCUGUCAAGCCUCGGCCACUGUCAGAGGACACCAUGGGCGCUAUGGGCCCCAGCAAAGGUGUCGCCCAGGGACUGAACCGCACGGCCGGGGUCAGGAGGUCAUUCAGGAAAGCUCCAGAGCAUCCUGUAGAUGACAUUGAUAAGAUGAAGGAGCGAGCUGCAAUGAACAACUCCUUCAUCUACAUCAAGAUUCCCCAAGUGCCCCUGUGUGUCAGCUACAAGGGAGAGAAGAGCAGUGUGGACUGGAAGGACCUGAACUUGGUGCUGCCUUGCUUGGAGUACCAUAACAACACGUGGACGUGGCUCGACUUUGCCAUGGCCGUGAAAAGGGACAGCAGGAAAGCACUUGUAGCACAGAUGAUAAAAGAGAAGCUGCGUCUAAAGCCGGCUUCGGGCUCAGACCUGCGGGGGAAGACGUCCGAAGGGAAGUCGGACAUCAGCCUGCAGCAGCAGGAGGAGGACGAGAAGGCGCGGCUCCUCAUCGGCCUCAGCACCGCAGACAAGAGCUCCAGCAAGAAGAGCAUCUUCAGCCGGCGCAAGUGAAACGGCAAACACGUUGACACUGGACGAUCCGCCAGAGCUGCUGCAGGGAAAGAGCAGAGCGUUAUAUUUGGGUCAAAAUAUUAUAAUGGGAAAAGGGCGGGUGGGGUGGGGGGUAACUUACUAUACCACUUUAGCCUGCUGAACGUCUUUUUGAAAAGUUAUGACUCCUGUUGUGUCUCAGAUUUGAAUCCCUGCAGGGAACUCGAACCGCUCCAAGAUUACCAGGGUUCCAUUUUGACCAAAUACAUGUCUUAUCGUCUUGUUCAUUUGUGUGCCAUUAGAAACUCUGGAAAUAAUGAUCACUUGUGGUGCAUUGACUGUAGCGAGGGAGAUUCGCAAUGCGUGGCUGACACUCCUCCGUUAACGCUGUCCUCUAGCUUCCGCUAAUGCACCAGUGAGAGCUUCUUUUUCCUGCUGGCCCGGGAACACGCCCUAUCACACACUUAAAUCAAAGCACCUUCGAGCUGUUUAAAUGUUAUGUGCCAGAAAUAAACACGUGUUUUAUCAACGAGAGCUUAAAGAAACUUAUCACGGCUGCAUGACUGUCCCUCUGACAUGAAGGCCUUUAUCCAACUGAAGAUGCUAUUCGAUAUUUUCCUGUGUGCGUCCUCAGCUGCUGUUUUUACUGUACCUCACCUCAGUGCAAUAUGUCAAGAGCAGAAACAUGCUGAAAAAAUGUGGCACUUGGUUUGAUGGUAUUGUGAUAAAAAAUAUAUAUAUAUAGAUAUACAUGUGUUGCAGCCAAUUGCUGAGUGUAUGUUUUGUAAUUUUAACACUGAAGCACUUUUAUGCAAAGUAUUUUGAUAUUUUUGUAACCACAGUUGUUUUCCGUUCAACGACCUGUAAUAACCAAGCUGCCGAAGUCACAUUUCUAUUUAAAAACGCCCUUAUCAUUUCAGCUAAACGAAUCAUAUCAGCAGAUGUUUUAUAUCCGCUCUGUGCUUAUUGUUUAUCAGCCAAUAAACGUGUUAAAUCUCAA